CGUGGAGACGCAUGGCUUCUUCACCAGGAACGCGCGGGGCAUCUUCAGUUCCUCCUGGCCCGGCGCAGUUCGCUCCGGGAAGUGGAUGACUGACCAUGGGGCCCCUGAGUCGAGAAGCCUGGGCCCAGCGCCUGGGGGCUUUCCGAGCCAGCCCAUCCGCCUUUCUGGCAGGUGCCGAAGGUGAGGAUUUGGGUCGCGACCUGUUGAGUGACCUAAGGAGUGAAAAGCUAAGCGAUCAGACCAAGGUUUCCUUACUGACACUGAGCUUGGAGUACUCUGACAAACUUUGGCCUGAUGCACCUGCCGCGGAGGCUGCUGCCACUUCCCUAUUGGACACGCUUGUCCUCCUGCCCGCAAGACCUUCGGCUCUCCGGAGGCUCCUGUUGUUGGCAGCCACUACAGCCCUGGUGUCAGGAGAUGCUCUUGGACCCACUUCGGGAGCUUCCUGCCGGCUCCUGCCCUUACUUCUUGGCUUAGCUUCAGGCCGAGACUUGGGACGAAGCUUUGGAACCCCCUCAGAACAGCGCCAUCUACAGGCCACAGCCUGUGAAUGCCUUGGAGAACUUGAGCGCUGUAAGCCUGGGCUGCUGGCCGGCGCCCUGGGGAUGCUGCGGAGCCUCCCAGGGCAAACGGGUCCCGUCCAGCCCGUCAGCCUGCUUCUGGCCCUUGUUCUGCACAACACCUUGGUGGUACAGUCCAGGUCAGGGGCCGGCCUGCAAGGCCUGCUGGCAGCUGAGGACUUCUCCACUGGGACUUGUCCCUGGGACUGGACCCUGGCUGAAGAAUGCGAUGCUCAUCUUAAGCCCCAGGGGCCCAGCUGGCCUACAGCUGGGGAGGAGGAGCGUGGCUUUCCGGUUCUAGAGCCCAGCCCUGAGGACGCCCGAGAGCUGAAGGCUGCGGUGGCCCAGCUUCUGGACACUUCCUAUCUGCUCACUCCUGUGGCUCAGGCUCAACUUCUGUGGAUGUUGGGCUGGGCCCUACGGGGUCUUCGGGGACAGCCACCAGUGCUUUUCAAGCCACAGCUGGUUCGGCUGCUGGGCACGGCACAGCUGACACUGUUACACUCAGUUCUGUCUCUGAAGGCGGCCUUUGGUGAGGCCCUGUUCACUGCGCAGGAUGAAGCUCUGCUACUCCGCAGGCUCACCUUGGGAGCCCAGCACCCGGCCUUACCCUCGCCCACACACCUCUUUUACCUGCAUUGCAUCCUGAGCUUCCCUGAGAAUUGUCCACUAGGUCCAGAAGGGGAAGAGGCUGCCCCACUGCUGUUGGGGCCCCAGCUAUGCCGGGGCCUCAUGCCCAGUCUCCUCCAUGAUCCAACGGUCCUCCUGGCCCGCCUGCAUUUGCUAUGUCUGCUCUGUGCUGAUGAUGAGGAAGAGGAGAAAGGCCAGCCUCAGGGCCCACAGUGGUUCCUACAGGAGCUGCUGGCUGGGUUACAGCAAAGGGCAGCCCUGGAUGGUGGUCCCCGGGCCCUGGCCACCCUCUGUUUCCAGGCCUCAUACCUUGUUACCAGCUGCCUGACCAGACACCCUACAGUACAGACAUCUUUGAUCCGUGGACUGGCCCAACUGUACCGCGCUCGGCCUUCCCUGACACCCCACUUUGUGGACCUCUUAGAUCAGGUAAGCCCUGAGCUGAGAGAGCCCCUCAGGGAGGUGUUGCUCCAAGAGGUGGUGGCCAGGCCAGGCAAGACCGAAGCCCUUUGCUGGCACCUGCAGAUGCUGGCAAAGGUGGCAGAGGGGGCCACUCAGAGUGCCACACUCAGCUUUCUACAGGCUGCAGCUGUAUACUGCACUGAUUGGGGCCUCCACCAGGCCCUACUGCGGGUGUGCCGUGCUCUGCUGCGGACGGGCGGGGGAGACGGUCUGGCAGACUUGCUGCAGGAACUGGCCAGACGGCUAGAGAAUGCUGAUGGACGAGACCAUGCCCGACUAUACUAUGUCCUCUUGUCCCACCUGUCAAGUUCCAAGCUGGGGAUGGUGCUGGGCCCCUCACUGGCUGCACCUGCACUGGCCUCCUCACUGAUGGCUGAGAACCAGGGCUUCGCAUCAGCACUGAUGGUGCAGGAGACCUCAGCUCCAAUUCAGUUGAGUGUGGGGCCUCAGCAGGCCAAAGGCCCACUCCCGGUGCUGCAUCUGCAGGUGCAGGCGCUGGAUGCACCCAUCUACUCUCUGGAGCUGCGCUUCCGUGUGGAAGGACAGCUCUACGAGCCCUUGGAGGCCGUCCACAUACCCUGCUUGCGACCCGGACAACCCGCGCAUCCUCUGUACCUGCCCCUGCAGCCCCGAUGCCCAACCCCUGCCCGCCUACACGUGCGGGCCCUCUACAGCACAUCCGCUGGCCUCACGUGCCAUGCCCGCCUGCCUCCCCUGUCUGUGAACUUUGCUGACCUCUUCCUGCCUUUCCCCCAGAUCCCUAAGGGCUCGGAGUUGCGUUUCUUCGAUGAGCUCUGGAACUCCUGCCUGCCAAAGGGCGUAGAGAGCCGUGUGUGGUGUCCACUUGGGCCGCAGGGCCUGGAGGCCUUGGUGUCCCAGUACCUAGAGCCCUUUAUAGUGGUGGCUCAGCCCCCUACCACCUACCUCAUAGCCGUCCGCCUGCCUCCUGACUCCAUGCUGCUGCUGCGCCUGGAGAAAGCUCAGGUGGAUGGUGUGCCUGUAGCCCUAAGAACUGAUGACUGGGCCGUGCUGCCCCUGGUAGGGGACUACCUCCGCGGGCUUGCAGCCCACUGAGUAGUGCCAGGUGGGACUGCACUGUGGCUGUGGCUGCCAGCGGAGCAUGCUCUUGCAGCUCCUGCCCCAUUAAACCCAUUCACAGGCUGCCCCUCCUGGCUUGGUUUCUUUUGGACCCUUGUUAGGAGCAGACUUACUGGGAGUGGGUCAUAAGCCCCCAGGAAGAUCCAGACUAACCCCAGUACUGCAGCCCUCCAUAAUUCCUGCUCAGAUAGUCUGAAAAAUAUGUUUCUCACAGGAUCUGACCUGGCCCAAGAUCACUAUGCAACUUCUCAUGAAGGCUGGAGCUUAAGGUUGGGCCUCCCAACUCUGCCCCCGCUGAACUCAGAUCAUAAGGCAGCAGCCUGGGCAGGGGUGACUAGAGAGCCUUUUCCUGGGUAGAGCUGGUUGGACCUAACCGUACAGGGUGUGCCAGUAUGCUUUGGUUCUGAGCAGAUGGUGGGCCUGCAUGAUCUGGUUCAAAACAACAACCCCCAAACCUAGCUUUUAAUAGCAGCCGUUAGGAACCCCAGUCUUAGGAAUCUUCUCAGAUAUGAGCUUGUUCUCAGGCCACUGGUGGUGGUACUCCCAACACUUGGAAGGCAGAAGCAGGUAGAUCGAUUGCGGAGUUUGAGGCCAGAAUUACACAGAGAAACCGUGUCUCAAAAACAAACAAAAGAAGAAUUUAAGAACUUCUCCAGCUCCUUUCUCCAAAUGUGCAAGACACCAAGGAUGCAGGUUCAUCGAGGCCGUCACUGCUGCCAGGCACCAGGCUGGUAUUUUCCACACACAUUACCUCCUGUCAUCCUUGAAACAUUUCUGCAGGGCUCCCCUGCACAGCUGAGGAAGUCAGCCAGCUGAAGGAGUUAAGUGGCUUCCUGAGGUCAGGCUGUGAGGGAGUAGGAUUUUGUCACCUAUGGCCACAUAUCACCAUUGCCACAUUGAGCAGAGCCCUGCAGCAGCCACAAGUCCUCAGCCUUCAGCCCUGAGAGGACCCCAGCAGGACAUGCUGAAGCAGCUCUCGGCUGGUGCUGGGGGGGGGAGGGGCACCCCUGCUCUUACAAGUCCGGCUAGGAGCAGAAAGGCUUACACCCAUUUUGUGGCAAAAGGCCAGGUUCUUUUGUGAGCUGUGGCAAUGAGUUGUCACUGUUGAGUAAUUUUACACUCCAGAUGUAGAUGUUGGCAAAGAAAAAAAUGCCAUCCAGCUCUAGCUGUGAGCCAGUGAGUGGACCGGAGCUGUUUCCAAGAGUUCGGUUACUCAAAUCUAGCUGUGUCACCAAAGCCAUUCCAGCACGGCUGAGCACUCCAGAGAGCUGCUGAGCAUUAUGGGGCUUGCAGCUGGCUCCACUUAAGACUACUCACCUGAAACUGGCAGCUAUAAAAGCUAAAAUAAAAAUAUAAAAUAUAUAUAAAAUAAAAAAUAAAACAUGCAGGAUGGGCCUUGCCAGCCCCGUGGCUUUCUGAGCUGCUGGAUCCUCAAGUCCCCUGAGUCUCCUGAGCCUGGAGAGAGGACGACACAGCUACAUAGCACUCACCUUGAAAGCCAUUGCCAAAUCGGGAAGGCGGCCAUUCUAGAAACUUCUCCAGCUGGUUCGAGCAGAGACAGGAUAUAGGUCAGUUCCUUACACAGUUCUUAGGGAAGCCACCACGGGAGCUACUGCAUCGCGGGAUGAGCUCCCCUGCUUGCAGCAUGACUCCUCCUGGUGCUCCGACAUGGUGGGUGCUGCCAGUGUGUUCACCUGCCCACUGAGCCAGAGACCACUGCUGCCACAGAGGGCCUUGACCCCUCCGUGGCAUCUCAGUUUUCCCCACCCAGGUCCUCUGUAGUGGGGAGGGGGUACUGAGAAGCAGUUCCCCUCAUACAAACGCAAGGCAUGCAUUAAGCCUUAGGCCAGGAUGAAGAAACUAGGCUACAGAGGCUGGGGAGAUGACUCAGUAAAGUACUCACCCGUGAAGAACUGAGAUCCCCAGCACCCAUGUAAGCUAGGCCAGGCUGCCACUCGGCACAGGGCUGGGAGGCAAAGACAAGACAGUAAGAGGUUCCCCAGAGCC